CCCAACUACUGCUCCACGUGGAGUCAAGUGUUGUGUGGAGAUGAAGAGAAUGCAGUUUACUGUGAGUGGAGAGCGUCUUAGAAGCGGUGUCUUGUCCUGGGAGGGAGGGUCUAUAACUACUCCAACCACCACUCUCUAUACCAGAGCUGCAGCAGUACCACACAUCACUCCAGACUUGCUAGGGGACCUAAUUUCCUCGAGAAUGGACCCGGUACAUCUCUGUUUGCCCUCACUGUACGAUGUGCCGGGGACAUCAGUGCUCUCAACAUAUGCACAAGGCCUGCACAGCUUUGCUAACAGAAAGGAUGAUUUCCUGUACCUGUCUGUUCAAGAUCCAUGCCAGCCUCCCAAGGAUGGCUACAAUGAGGAGAAGUCAGUGACAGUGUGGUGCAAGGGUGGACGAUGCAAGGUCACUGUGGUGGAAUAUAUGGCAUUUGUAGAAGCCCUACAACCUAACGUCUUCGAAGCUCUCUGUGACUCUGUGACUUCAGCUGCUGGUCAUAAGAUGAAGAGAAUCAAGAAAUCUGUUGAUAGAUCUCUGAGAUUUCUGGAUCAGACCAUUGCACAGAGAAGCAAGGUUGCAAGUGGCUGCUCUUUGCUGGGUGCGCUUGUCGGAGGAGAUGUUCGUGAGGAGAGGCAGCGCAGUGCAAGAGAGACUGCCAAGAGACAAGUGGAUGGAUUUGUGCUUGAAGGCUUUGACUUAAACUACAACAAGGCUGGCUUGGCAGACCUUCUCGUUGCAAGUACUGAAUGUCUACCAGACAACAAGCCACGGUUUGCCCACGGCUUGCAAUCUCCAGAUGAAGUGUUUGUUGGUGUUGAGGGCGGUGUGGAUGUGUUUGAUGGAAGUUAUCCGUACACUGCUUGUCAGAGGGGGUCUGCUUUGAUUUUUAACAACUCCCUGACUGGCACAAGUGGGCCCACAGAGCUCAACCUGACAGACCCAAGCUACGCUGUGGACCUGGCUGUGUUGGUGGAUGGUUGUGACUGCUACACCUGCACUCAUCACACUAGAGCCUACAUUCAUCACUUACUCUUCACUAAAGAGAUUCUGGGAGGAGUGCUGCUUAUGCUGCACAACGUGAGCCACUAUGCUCUGUUCUUCGCUAACCUACGGAAGGCUCUACACACACAUUCCUAUGACUUCUUCAAGCAAGCAUGCAGUCAAGGACAAUUUAAAAACAGCUAGUUAUUGUGCUGAUUUGUAACAUUAUUUUUGUUGUGGAGAAACAUUUAUUUUGUACAUGUAACUCUAAUUCCAAACCGAUUUUUCUCCAAUACA